GAUUUAUUGACCCGCUCCGGCCCGCUUUCGCUUCUCUCCGAUCAAUAAACAAUUGCAGCUGGGCAGCCCGGUUAGCCCUAUGAGAGCUUGCAUCACAUUACACAUAAUAACGAUCUUACUAUUCUGGUUGGGUUAGGGCCAUGAGUUAGGUCGCCAUAUUCACGUAAAACUCAGUCAACUUUUUUUCAUGAUGCUAAAGGGAAAAAAAAAGACAAGAAUCCAUAUUAUAAAUCUAGUCCUACAUUCUCCUUCACCAUAAGAUACAAAACAUUAAGUAACAUACCCACUUAGCGUAGGGGUUCAGUAUCGUUAAGUCCUUUCGAAAUGUCGGCGUUUUCCCCCCUCUCUUCAUACAUCCUUGGCGCAGCCUGCUUCGCUCGGGGGUUUAUGGCCAUCUUCUCCCCGGAGGCCGAGUAUAAUAACGUCGGUCUACCAAUCGACAUUGAUACUAAGGGUCCUUCUCUAACGGACCAGGAUGGCGAUGAUGAUGAAUCUAUCACCAGCUUCACAUCGCCGCUCAUGUACUUUAAGGGUAUCCGUGAAAUUAGCUAUGGCAUGACUCUAAUAGCUUUAGAGUGGCAGGGAAAUACGGCCGCUGUCACGACAUUCGCAGCCGUCCUAUCUCUGGUGAGGUUUGGAGAUGGUCUGGUCGUUUGGCUAAGCGGGUGCGAGAAGCUGAAGUUCAAGGCGUUGGGCCAUUGGAUCACAGGUCUCAGCUUCCUCGGAUGGGCAGCCCGGAGGUGGAGGUAAUGAAGCCAUUC